GCUUUGUCUGAUGAAUACAGACCACAACUCUCCUCAACAUGAACAGUCUUCUCUUUUCCACCAUUCGUAACUCUUACAACCAAACGUGCGAACCAGAAACUCUCAUCAACUUGUCCUUCUUUUAAUCCUCCCUUCUUCUUCGUCAUGAUCAUGAUCUUCAUAUCUUUGAUUCCACUCGAAAAUAUUAAAAACCCAGAUGAUCUAAAUAGAACACUCCAUCUCAAAAGUUUUUAGACAAGUGCUAACUUACGUGCUAGUCAAGCAAAGCUGGUGAUGGUGGAGGUUCCUGGUUCUGUUGGCACAAGUGCAAGCCUCUCCUUGAGAUUAGGUCAAACAUUUUUAGCAUUUGGUGCUCUUCUCUUCAUGACCAUCGGUGUUCGUUUCUACCAAUUCACAGCUUUCUGCUACUUGGUGACGAUCAUGGCUUUGGCUAUACCAUGGAACUUGACACUAGCAAUGGUGGAUAUCUAUUGCGUUCUUCUCAACCAACCAUUUCAAAAGCCACGAAUCCUUCUCGCCAUCUCAAUUGGUGAUUGGGUGGUGUCUGUUCUAGCGUUGGCUUCAGCUUCAUCAGCAGCCAGUGUUGUGGAUCUUUUGCGAUCAGACGAAUCAGUUUGCCCUCCAACGAUAUGCAACAGAUACCAGUUUGCAGCCACAUUAGCUUUCUUGACUUGGUUCUUGUCUCUUUCUUCUUCUCUCUUCAACCUCUGGCUACUUCCAUCUCUCUGAUCUAAAAAAUGAUUAGAUGACAAAGACGACUAAACAAAAUAGAUAGGUAGCAAGAAACAAAAAUGUCAAUAGAACUCAAUUUUUGUAUUGAUGACAGUUGAUAUAGAUAUACCAAUAUCUGAGAGUGAAAAAGCUGAUUUUUGUAUAACAAAGAAGCAUUCUCCAUCAUCAAGAAGGUUCACUCAUUGUUUCAUUCA